AUGAAGUAAAAUAUUAAAUCCCCUGCUCCAUUUGCAAUUACUGAAGAAAAAUAAACAAUUGAAACUUUGCUCAACCUUGUAAAACAUUAAACCCAACAACUCAAAGAUUAAUAGAUCUAAUAAAGCAAUGAGAUUAAAUUGUUAAGCAAAGCUUUCAGAGAUUAAAAUCAAUCUAUUCUCUAAAGCCAAAAUUAAGAAUAUUUCUCUUUAACAUCUAAAUUAAUUGAAGAAAUAGAAUCUGAUAAUUAUUUUCAAGUUAAGUUAAAUCAAAUUUAAUCUUACAAUAAAUAACUCUAUAAUGUGAUUAAAGAUCUUCAAAAAGAAAUACCCGCAUAAUAUUAAUAGCUGUCCACUAUCAAUAGAAUAAUCAAUUUUUACAAAUGCAUUUUCAAAAUUUCUAUUAAACAGCUCAACAAGGAUGAAAUUGCAAUCAUUUUUCAUCAAACCCUUGGAAACAUAAAUAAUGGGCAUCCAAUUAUCAUUUAAUUGAAAGACAACAAAUAACAACAAAGAUUAUAAUUUUGGAAUCAAUUUACAUCCUUAAUGUGA